AUGCAUCGUCGGAGAGCAGUGCUGCCGCCAGCGACAGUGCCGCCAGUGACAGCGCCAGCAGCGACAUCCAAGUGGUCCAGCCACGACCACGACCGCGACGACGAGUUCAACUACGCCCACUACUGCGACGACCGCCACUGCCACUGCCACUGCCACAGCCAUCCCAUCGCUCCUGCCGCACCAGCCACACAGAGUAUUGCCUACGCACCGGCUGCCGACACGCUCCCCACCGUCGCCGCCGCUCGCCCAGGCGCCGCUCUCGCCCGUCGCGACGCCCCUCGCGUCUCCAGCUCGCUCGCCUCUGCCGCUCCCGCUGGGGCCCAUCUCGCCCGAUAUGAGUAG